AUGAUGGAGGAGGUGCCGUUAACGAGGUCGUGGUCCUGGCACACACAGGCCGCUCCACCCCUGUCCGCGCCUCUCCUGCGGAUCCGCGCCGCCUGGGAAGGGCGUGGGCUCUGGGAAAACGAGGCGUGUGUAGAGGAGCCCAGCAGACGGCAGCUCCCAGCGGCGGCGACCGAUGCAGACCGCGUGCGUGUGCGGGCUCGUGCGCAUGUGUGUGCGGCGCGUGGGCCUCAGGAGGCGCGCGCAGGAGGACUGGUCUCAAGGCAGCGGCGGCAAGCACGCUGGCCAACUCCGGAGCUUGAUGCUGAGUUUGCGGGAGAACGAGCAUGCCAGAGGAAGGGGAAAGGAGGCUGGCUAGUUAGCAGCCACUGCGCUGCAGGCUCUCAGCUGAAGCACAAGCGCCUACCUCAUGACAAUGAGAUGAAACAGUAUGUUAAGUACGUCUUCUCCCUUCUGGCGGAAGCUGCUGAGAGCGAGCAGGGAGGUCCACAUGUGUGCUCCUCCCUGCGGGUUCCCCAGCGCGCGCUGCAGCUCAGAGGUCCUCUUGGGUUUGACUCCCACUGUGGCUCCUCCCAGCUGUUUGGGCAGGUUUGGCUGCACCUGUCUUUUGGAUGGGGAACCAAGAUGCACAGAGAACACGCUGCAGCCCCGGUGCCCUUGGGGCGGGCCGGGGAGGACCUGGUCCUCAUCCGCGCCGCCCCCUCCUGCCGUGUGCCCUUGGGGUGGGCCGGGGAGGACCUGGUCCUCGUCUACGCCGCCCCCUCCUGCCGUGUGCCCUUGAGCUCACGGCCUCCUCUUCCACAUCCCAGCCGCUGCAUUUUCACGAUGCUGGGUCUGGCAGCGUCCUCCGGCGCCCUGGAAGCGCCCGGCUCCCAGAGCCCGCUCUGGGGCCGCGGAUCGAGCCCCAGCCCAUGGAGGGCUCCAGAUUCUGACCGAAGCGACUGCAUCGCUGUGGUUCUCGCCAAGUAUGCGCGCAUCAUUUUGAAAACAUCCGCCGGCACCACAGAAACCGACCCAGGAGGAGAAGGGACGCGGCGGACGCAGGCUAGGCCCGGCGCCCUCCCACACGGCCUCGGGGCUGGGGGGCCGCCGGCCUCAGUCGACGUCAGGGUGCCGUCCCCCAUCAGCUCCCCGGAGGCCCGCACGGACCUGGGGCCAGCCGGCGGCGACAGGGGCGAUCGCCAUCGUCGUGGUCGCAGUCGUGUGACGCCGGCCGAUACUACUGAGUCAUUGCAGACCACGCCGUUCUCACGGAGCUGGCUGUCCUAG